AUGCGGGACCUGUCCUGCUUCGGCGACGGCUCUGUCGCAGUCUCCGCCGCGUCGGCGGCCUCUGUCUCCGGCCGCGGCUGCGCGCUCGACCGCUCGCUGCAGGCGGCGACCACCAGCGUGUACAACGCGUCUCUGUCCUCCGGCAAGGGGAUCCUCAUCCGGGUCACGUGGAGCCGGAGCACCGCCGGAGCCCCGGGGCUAACCGUCGCCUUCGACAACGUGGUGUCGUCGUCGAGGAGCGCCACCCAGCAGCACGUGCUGCGGAAGAAACGCGGGAGCAGGUCCAUCGUCACCGAUUCCGGCACGGCCGUCGGCGUCCAUUGGGACGUCACGGGGGCCGAGUACUCCUCCUCCCCGGAGCCCUCCGGCGGCGACUACUACCUCGCGGUCGUCGCAGACGCCGAGCUCGCCCUCCUCCUCGGCGCGGGCGACCUAUCCCGCCGAUUCGCCUCCGGUCCUGCCGCCGCCACUGGGCACCUCGUGAGCCGGCGCGAGCAGCUGCGCUGCGCCGACGCCGAGGCCACGGCCGCGCACGCCACCCGGUGCAGGUUCCGCGAGGGCGGGGAGGAGCACGAGGUGGCGGUGCGCGCGUGCGGCGGCAGGGGCGGUGUGGAGGGGGAGGUGCGCGUCAGCAUCGACGGAGAGGAGGUGGCGGGGGUGCGGCGAGUUGGGUGGGGAUUCCGCGGCAACCGCGCGGUCCUGCUGGCCGACGGGGAGGUGGUUGACGUCAUGUGGGAUGUGCACGACUGGUGGUUCGGCCGCCGCGGCGGCGGCGCCGGGGCGCAGUUCAUGGUGAGGUCGAGGGCGGAGGAGGGGAGACUGUGGAUGGCCGACCAGCCGUCGGCAGCACCGCCCGGCGGCGUCUUCUUGCAUGUGCAGUGCUACCGGCGUUGAUGGUUGACUUCCUUGCAACAACCAUUUCAUUUCAUGAUUUUCUAUAUUGAGUUGCUCAUUCUGUCAAUGUACUUCGUCAAUGAAAUACAUGUAGAUAUUGUUCAUUACCAUAGCCAACACC